AUGGCACCUCCGGAACCCCUGCCCGUGGACUCAAAGGUCAGCUACAAAUACAUCUGGGCGCAAUUCGUAGCUCAGCGCAAGCUCGAAAACGAUCUCAAAGUAUCAAAGCUCAGCUUUCAAAAUCUUGGAGACGGGAGCAAUUUGACACCAGUAGCUGGAACCGUAUCUAGCCUUUCCGAAAUCUUGAAAAAGGCCACUGGAGGUGGUGUCAUCCCCCCCAAGCCGGGGCACUUCAAUGUCGGUAUUAUCGGCUCCGGUGUUGCUGGGCUCUUCACGGCCUUGGCCCUGGACUGGAUCAAUGACACCAUUGAGGAGCAAAAGGGAGCCGGGCACCUCAAGAUCACGUACGAGAUCUUGGAAGCGUCGGAUGAAAAGCGAUUUGGCGGCAGGCUCUACACCCACCGGUUCAGCGACGAUGGCGUCCACGAUUACUAUGAUGUUGGGGCCAUGCGUUUCCCCAAGAACGCAGUCAUGGACAGGACUUUCCGUCUUUUCAACAUGCUUGGCAUUGAACAGGGCCAGUUGGGCGAUCGCACGCAUGUCGAUGAUCCCCCACGUCUGAUCAAGUAUUAUUUGCGCGAUGACAACAAUGUGUGUCCUACCUACUUCAACAAUGUUCGAAAGGUCGGCAACCCGUUCUUUCCCGAUGACGAAACAAAGACGGACCCCUUUGGUCUGAAUAAGGGAAUUGCAGAAGACAAGCAAAUACCGGAUAGGCUUACGAGGACGGAUCCUGGUGUCCUUUUUGAGACGGCGAUUGGCGAUUUUAUUGCAUACGUGAAGAAGUCUCUCGAUGAUUACAUAGACGACGGAACUCCGAUGAACCCGGAGGACGAGAAAAAGCUAUGGGACCUUCUGAUGCGAUGUGAUCAGAUGAGCGUCCGGCAGUUCUUGCGCUCUGUCGAAGUCCCGGGCUUCCCGGAGGACGCACCAAAGGGGCCGGGCUUCAGUUACAACACCAUACAAUGGCUCGAGACGGCCACCUAUGGCACAGGCUGGUAUGAUCAAAGCUUAACCGAAGCCGUCCUGGAAAGCAUCGACUUUUACAUCACCGAUGACCCGAAAAAGGGCAAAGAAAUCAACAAUCAUUGGUUUUGCAUCGACGGUGGCGCUCAAAAGAUUGCAGAAGAGAUGCGCAAGAACUUGAAGAACCAGUCCGCCAUCCAGUUCAACACGCAGGUCGUCGGCAUGGAUGCCAAUGUCCAACUCAACAAGCGCGUGACCAAAGACAUGACCCUGAAGCUUCGAGACAGCGCCACCGGCAAAGCACUGCCGUCCAAGGACUACUUUACCGUGUUCAACGCGACCACGUUGGGAUCGGUGAACCGAAUGGACCUCUCCAAAGCCGGCCUGCUCUGGGAUACGAAGCAAGCCAUCCGCUGCCUGGGCUACGGAGCGUCGUGCAAGGUCGGCAUCAAGUUCAAGACCCCCUGGUGGCAGAAGGCGCCGUACAACAUUGACCAUGGCGGCAUCGCCCGUACGGAUCUGCCUGCCCAAGUCUGCGUCUAUCCUUCGUACAAUAUCAAUAAGGAUGUCGAUCCUCGAGACAAACCUGCCGUCCUCCUCGUCUCCUACACCUGGGGCCAGACAGCGCAACGCCUGGCCAGCCUCAUUGCGUCAAAGCCACGCGGCAAGCCAAACGCCGAGAUUCUCCGCGAAGAAGCUGAAUUGAGAGACGUCAUGCUCCGAGAUCUCGCCUACCUGCACACAGAAGACCCCAAUGACAGCGCCCAGCUGCAAAGGACUCUCCAACACAUCACCGAACAGUACGUGGAGCACCACGCGUACGACUGGUACCACGAUCCCAACAUGGCGGGCGCCUUUGCCUACUUUGGCCCCAGCCAGUUCAGCGAGCUGUAUCCGGCCAUCACGAAGCCCAAUGCGGGCGGCCAGCUCUACUUUGUCGGCGAAGCAGCGUCGGCGCAUCACGCGUGGGUCGUGGGCGCGCUCGAGAGCGUCGUACGCGCACUCUGGCUCCUGUUCGACACCCUGCACCAGGGGAGCAGGAACGAUCCCAAUACACAGGGCGCAUACGAAGCCUAUAAAUGGGCCAUGGACCUCCUCGAGUGCGGCCACAUUGAACAACAGCCGACAGGUGGAAAGAAGCCCGCGGUCCGGAAGGCCAAGAGUCCGUUACCGUUCUACCCGCUGCCUGCCGAAAUGCCCCGCGAACGCAGGCAGCACAGUCACAAUGACUCUGACGAGUCUGACGACACCGACACGCAAGGAGGCCCCGGCCCUGCCGUGACGGUUGUUGAGUCUGCGGGACUGCCUGAAGUAUUCCAAGCUGUCGAGGUGGCCGAGGAUGCGCGAGCCGUUGCCUUUUCUCAGCCGCCCGUGCCACCCGAGACCAUCAGCCCUCAGAGCACUCAGGAUUUGUCUGACCAUCCCGAGAUGGAUGGUACGACUGAAGUACCGCUCAAGUAUGGCGCUGCACUUGUUGCACUGAGCAUGGUCGAGUCGGUUCUGUCGACUCUGGCCGAAUUGUCAAAGGAAGAAUUGGACGACCAAAUCAGCAAACUUUGA